GCCCGGAUGUGGGCAGCAGAAGAAGGCGAGCAGGACUGGCCAGGGGAGGCCCAUGGACCAGCUGGACGCUCCCGCAGGGGUUGGCUGGCGCGGACAAGAUGGAUGACUUGAAUCUCCACUACCGCUUCCUCAACUGGCGACGCCGCAUCCGGGAGAUUCGGGAGGUGCGAGCCGUCCGCUACCAGGAGCGCUUCAAACAUGUCCUGGUGGACGGGGACACCCUCAGUUACCAUGGCAACUCGGGAGAAGUCGGCUGCUACGUGGCACCCCGCCCGCUGACCAAGGACAACUACUACUUCGAGGUGUCCAUCGUGGACAGCGGGGUGCGGGGAACCAUCGCCGUGGGGCUGGUCCCCCAGUACUACAGCCUCGACCACCAGCCCGGCUGGCUGCCCGACUCCGUGGCCUACCACGCCGACGAUGGCAAGCUUUACAACGGCAGGGCCAAGGGCCGCCAGUUCGGGACGAAAUGCAGCUCCGGCGACCGGAUCGGCUGCGGCAUCGAACCCGUGUCCUUCGAGGUGCAGACGGCCCAGAUCUUCUUCACUAAGAACGGGAAGAGGGUGGGGUCGACGAUCAUGCCGGUGUCCCCGGACGGGCUGUUCCCGGCGGUGGGCAUGCACUCCCUGGGCGAGGAGGUCCGGCUGCAUCUCCACGCCGAGCUGGGCAGCGAGGAGGACGACAGCGUCAUGAUGGUGGACAGCUACGAGGACGAGUGGGGGCGGCUGCACGACGUCAAAGUCUGCGGGACGCUCCUGGAGUACGUGGGAAAGGGCAAGAGCAUCAUCGACGUGGGGCUGGCCCAGGCCCGGCUGCCCCUGAGCACCCGCAGUCACUACUUCGAGGUGGAGAUUGUCGACCCCGGGGAGAAGUGCUACAUCGCGCUGGGCCUGGCCCGCAGGGAUUACCCCAAAAACAGGCACCCGGGGUGGAGCCGGGGCUCCGUGGCGUACCAUGCAGAUGACGGGAAGAUCUUUCACGGCAGCGGAGUCGGGGACCGUUUCGGACCGCGAUGCUACAAGGGGGACAUUAUGGGGUGCGGCAUCAUGUUCCCCCGGGACUACAUGCUGGACAGCGAAGGCGACAGCGACGACAGCUGCGACGGGGUGACCCUGUCCCCCACCCACCGCGGCCUCGGGAACGUUCUCUACCUGCACCAGGAGCCGGAGGAGGAGGAGGAGGAGGAAGAGGAGGAGGAGGAGGAAGAGGAGGAGAUGGAGCAGGAGAUCGAGGGCAGGAAAGUCGUGGUCUUCUUCACCCGCAACGGGAAGAUCAUCGGGAAGAAGGACGCCGUGGUGCCCCCGGGGGGCUUCUAUCCCACCGUGGGGAUGCUGAGCAGCGGGGAGAAGGUCAAGGUGGACUUGCACCCGCUCAGCGGUUAG